AUGAGGGAAUCGACGACACGGAACAGCGUCUUGGAGUUUACUACUUCCGACGAUGAAACAAUUGUCGUGGUUCAAGAUGGCGUACCUCUCAACGCAGCUGGCCACCGAGAUCAGUUGUCGCGUCAAUACGGACUCCUCGGACUCGCCAGCAUGGCCCUCACGGUAGACAAUGCCUGGGUCGCUCUGGGAUCGUCCAUUUCGGUUUCAAUCCUUAACGGUGGACCCCCUGGCAUCAUUUAUGGUCUUCUUGUCGCCGUCUUCUACUACUCCCUCAUCGGAUUGAGCCUGUCAGAGCUUGCCUCGUCGGUCCCUACAGCUGGCGGUGUUUAUCAUUGGGCGACCAUCGCCGGCGGCCCGCGAUGGGGCAGGUUCCUCGGAUUCUUCACCGGGUGGAUCAACUUCUACGGGUGGAUGUUCUCUCUGGCGUCGCUUCUGCAGAUAUCGAGCAACAUUGCCGUGAGUAUGUAUGCGGUGUACAACCUGGACACCUACGUCAGCCAGCCCUCUCACGUCUUCAGCGGAUAUCUCAUCAUACUCUGGGGCUCGGCGGCCUUCAUCGUCUUUGCGAAUAAGUACGCCCCGCAUACGCAGCAUGUAGGAACGUUCUUCGUCAUUGUCGGCGGCAUCGUCACCAUCAUCAUCCUUGCUGCAAUGCCCAAACGCCACGCAAGCAACCACUUUGUCUGGGCCUCCUUCGAUGAGAAUAACGCAACCGGCUGGUCGGGAGGGGUCGCCUUCCUUCUGGGUGUUCUGAACGGCGCCUUCACGAUCGGUACCCCUGACUCGGUCACGCACAUGGCUGAAGAAAUGCCGCAUCCCAGGAAGGAUCUCCCCAAAGCCAUCAUGCUGCAAAUCAUCUUGGGGUUCAUCUAUGCCUUCUGUUUUGCUGUUGCUUUGUCGUAUGCCAUCACGGACAUUGCCGCCCUUCAAGGCGGGUUUAAUACCUUUCCGUUGACAAAUAUCUAUGUGCAAGCAACAACUAGCGCUACUGGAGUCCGAAAUCCUGGCGCGGCCUUUGGGCUGCUGUUCAUCAUGCUUGGCUGUACACUGACAUGUUGCGUGGGCUUGACAUUGACUACUUCCAGGACUUACUGGGCGUUGGCAAGAGACAAUGCUGUGCCGUUGUCAAACCUGUUUGGUAAGGUCAAUGAGCGACUCAGUUGUCCCGUCUGGUCAACCUUGUUUGUCUGUAUGCUCGCGACUGGCUUGGGGGCCAUUCCUCUCGGGAGUCCAACUGCUUUCCUUGCGUUGGCUGGGUCCUUCAUCAUCUUGACUUCCGUGUCUUACGCCAUCCCCUUCGCGGCCAACAUGUUGUCGGGGCGGAAGUACUUUCCGCGUGGGCCGUUUCACUUGGGAAAAGCAGGUUACGUUGUCAACGGACUUGCAGUGUUGUUCAUAGUCUUGUUUGACAUUCUCUUCUGCUUCCCUUUCGUCCUGCCAACCACGGAAGCAACUAUGAACUGGAGCAGCGUUAUACUGGUGGGAACUGUGGCGAUCACUGGCACCGCUGCGACGACUUCCCGGACCAGCACGCUCGCGACGUCUACACGGUCAGCGAGCUCGUCCUCGGUCCGGACAUCCUCCACCAGAACCUCGUCAGGUUCAACGCCCCCGAGCACCGGCUUCCCCAAGGCCAGCGGCACGAAGUUCAACAUCGACGGCGUGACCAAGUACUACGCCGGCACCAACUGCUACUGGUGCAGCUUCUUGACCAACGCGGCGGACGUCGACCUCGUCAUGGGACACCUGAAGACGUCCGGCCUCAAGAUUCUUCGCAUCUGGGGCUUCAACGACGUUAACACGGUCCCGCAGUACGACAACUGGUUCCAGCACCUGACGGCGUCGGGCUCGACCAUCAACACGGGCGUGAACGGUCUGCAGCGCCUCGACACGGUUGUCGCAUCGGCCGAGAAGAACGGCAUCAAGCUCGUCAUCAACUUCGUCAACAACUGGGACGACUACGGUGGUAUCAAGGCGUACACGAACGCUUUCGGUGGUGACCACAACGGAUGGUACACCAACACGGCUGCCCAGACGCAGUACAAGAAGUACAUCGAAGCCGUGGUCAGCCGGUACAAGUCGAGCACGGCGAUUCUCGCGUGGGAGCUUGCGAACGAGCCCCGCUGCCAGGGCUGCAGCACCGAUGUCAUCUACAACUGGGCCAAGUCCACGUCCCAGUACGUCAAGAGCCUCGACGCCAACCACAUGGUGACUCUGGGCGACGAGGGCAUGGGACUGCCCGGUGCCACUUCAUACCCGUAUGGAUACUCGGAGGGAACCGACUGGGUGGGUCUGCUGAACAUCACGACGCUGGACUUUGCGACCUUCCAUUUCUAUCCCAACUCAUGGGGCGUUGGGUACGACGCCGGCAACAAGUGGGUGACCGACCAUGCGGUCCACUGCGCCGCCGCAAACAAGCCUUGCUUCUUUGAAGAAUAUGGCACCCCUGAGCGCCAUUGCGAGCUGGAGAGGCCUUGGCAGAUCACGUCGGCGACGACCCCCGGCAUGGCUGCUGAUGCUUUCUGGCAACUUGGCGAUACUAUCAGCACCGGACAGACGCACAACGACGGCAACACGAUCUACUACAACACGGAUGAAUGGACCUGCUUGGUGACGAACCACGUUGCCACUAUCGGUUGA